AUGACCAAAGGUGACCGCUCUGACGCUACCUUCAGUCCGAAGCGUACAAUCACCCACUUCUCCCAGGAGGGCAAAGACCGCGUUGACAUCCUAACUCUGUCGUUUGGCUUUCCCAGGUACGACAACGAACUUGAACCGAUUAGUAGAGCUGUUCUCAAUGCCAAUAAUGGCGGCAUCAUUAUCUUUGCCGCUGCGGGCAACGAGGGUGAUAACGCGAGCGUCUUCUGGCCGGCUUCGGUGCAAGAGACGGGCGACGUGAUCUGGAUCGACGGUUAUUGA